AUGAAUGGGGAUUCCACGCCGAGACGCGAGCCCAGUACCACGGCCACCACGGCUCGAACAGCGUCGACUCGGCCCGAGAAUGCUGAGAGGAAACGCAUCCACUGGGCACCGCUAAAUGUUGGCCUAGAGCGUCGCCUGCAGACUCUAAUCGUGCUCUGCCAUACGCUCACCAUUGCGAUUUUUUUGACCAGCUUCUUCUUCACAUGUGCCAUUCCCUUGUUCUGGCCCCUCCUGCUCCCGUACCUGGUCUAUAUCUCACUGUUCUCCACGGCGCCCACGUCGGGGGAACUCAAGGGCCGGAGUAACCUUUUGAGAUCACUUCCGAUUUGGAAGAUCUAUGCAUCCUAUUUCCCUGCCCGUCUUCACCGCGAGGAGCCUUUGCCCCCAACGAAGAAGUAUAUCUUUGGCUAUCACCCGCAUGGCAUCAUUUCACACGGUGCCUUUGCCGCCUUUGGAACGGAGGCUCUCGGCUUCUCCAAACUGUUCCCUGGAAUCACAAACACCCUUUUGACCUUGGACGCGAACUUCCGCAUUCCAUUUUACCGAGAUUAUGCGCUUGCCAUGGGAUUGGCUAGUGUGUCGCGGGAGUCGUGCGAGAAUAUCCUGACGAAAGGGGGAGCUAAUGGAGAAGGCAUGGGCCGAGCCAUUACCAUUGUCAUUGGCGGAGCUCGUGAAUCGCUCAACUCUCAGCCCUAUACCCUCCGUCUAGUCCUGAAACGACGAAAAGGGUUCAUCAAAUUGGCUAUUCGCACUGGUGCUGAUCUAGUCCCCGUCCUUGCCUUUGGUGAGAAUGAUCUCUACGAACAAGUGCGCUCCGACGAGCAUCCGAUUAUCCACAAGCUGCAAAUGCUGAUCAAGCGCACAAUGGGAUUCACGAUCCCCCUAUUCCAUGCGCGUGGAGUAUUCAAUUACGAUGUUGGCCUGAUGCCUUAUCGACGACCUCUCAACAUUGUGAUCGGCAAGCCAAUUCCAGUGAUGCAACAAUCGAAUCGAGACAAGAUCCAUGACAGUUAUAUCGACGAGCUUCACGCCCGAUAUGUGCAGGAGCUUCAGCGAUUAUGGGACCAGUGGAAAGAUGUCUAUGCCAAAGACAGAACCGGCGAACUGGAGAUCAUUGCCUGA